AUGGCCAACUUGAAUGAGCAUAAUGUUUACUCUGGCCCCGAUUCAUUGAAGAAAUACUUCGACCCGGACUGCCAGCCUCCACUGCCGCUAGUAGAGCUGCCCCGACAUCUGAAUCCCUAUUAUGACGAUGGCGUACGGAUAUACGCCAAGAUGAUGACCAUGCACCCGGCAAAUAACGUCAAAGCAAUGCCAGCGUUGAACAUGCUCGAGUCGAGCGUGGAGUCCAAUAAGACAAACACAAUCAUCGAGUACAGCUCCGGGUCAACGGUGAUCUCAAUGUCGAUGAUUGCACGGGUCAUGCACGGGAUUUCAGAUACCCGAGCAUUCCUCAGCAACAAGACCAGUGACGCCAAGUUAAAGUUGAUGCAAUUCUUCGGCCUCAGCAUUACUCUCUUUGGCGGACCAUCUCAGCCUGAACCAGUGGAUGCGCGAGGCGGAAUCCAAGAUGCCAGAAAAAUGGCCAUGGAGUCUGAAACAAUCGUCAACCCCAACCAAUAUGAAAAUGACCUUAACUGGAAGGCGCACGUCCGAUGGACCGGCCCCCAGAUCUUCAAACAGUUGCCAGAGAUCAACGUCCUCUGCGCCGGCAUGGGUACUUCUGGGACCAUGACCGGGCUAGGAACGUACUUCAAGAGCAUCAAGCCUUCGGUUAUGAGACUGGGUGUCUGCACAGCACCGGGUGACCGAGUGCCGGGCCCCAGGUCGUAUGCACUAUUGCGGCCAGUCGAGUUUCCUUGGAGGGAAGCUGUGGAUACAAUUGAGGAAGUGGGUUCCUCUGAAUCGUAUGCCUUGUCCCUGAACCUGUGCAGGGAGGGGCUGGUAUGCGGUCCAUCGUCCGGUUUCAACCUCCAGGGCUUGUUCCAAAUGCUGGAGAAGCGAAAAGUAACAAGCACAUUAUCUGAGUUGGCCGGCCCGGAUGGAAUCACCCACUGCGUCUUUUUGUGUUGUGACUUGCCGUAUCAGUACAUCGAGGAAUACUUCCAGAAGCUCGGCCCUGAGCAGUUUCCUCCAAUCCAAAACGAGCGCCUGGCCAAAGUCGACCUCCAUCGAUACGACGAGAGCUGGGAGCGCGACGCAUUGGAGAUCCUCCCACAGUUUUACGGAUCACCUCGGAGCCUUGCACAAUGCCGUCUGAACGAGAUUACUCCGAAGCCACAGAACUGGGUGAUAGAUUUGCGCAGACUGCCCGAUUUCCACGCCUGGCAUCUUCCCGGCUCGGUGAAUCUCCCUCUGUCGAGCCAUGGACCGCAUACACCGUCCCCGUUUUCAGAUGCGGCAGUGCUUGAGGCUCAGUGGGUGGAGUUGGAGAGAAUCUUCAGCAAUGCUAGCUUGGUUUCAGAUCUUGAUUCACAUCGUGUUUUGUUGUUGUGCUAUGAUGGGAACACGGCACGCGUGGCUACCAGCGUGCUGCGGGCAAAGGGCGUGGAAGCGGACAGCAUACGUGGCGGCUACCAGGUGCUUCGGUCGUACGGUAUCGGGGACGAUUUAGUUCCCGCCUCCAGCAAAGUGCCCUACCAGACAACCGUUUCCGUGUAG